AUGAAUGUGCUAGUAUACUCUACCGGAACAAGAAAAACCGCUAUAGAUCAUAUCUUACGAGCUUUGAAGGAAAACCUAUCAGCUUCAUACGAUGUCAAGGUAGUAGAUGCAAAAACUGUUCAGACUGAACCUUGGGAGCCAUCCACAGCUCUACUUGUAGUCGCUGGAGACAGAGAUCUACCAUUUAUCAAGGCAUUGCAAGGCCUUGAAGGUACUACUAGGAUCCGACGAUAUGUAGAAUCUGGUGGUAGAUAUCUGGGCAUUUGCGCUGGGUCGUAUCUUGCUAGCGAAAAAGUGGAAUUCGAGCUUGGAAGGCAGGGAUACCAGGUCAUCGGUGAGGGGGACUUGAAAUUCUAUACGGGAAUAGCACGAGGAUCGGUAUACGAUGGCUUCGUUUAUAAUUCUGAGAUGGGUGCUAGAGUUGCCAACGUCAAGCUGGAUCCCUCUGUAACUCUGUCAUCACCAACAGCAGAGCCUAGUAUUGCCAUGUUUCAUAAUGGAGGACCAUAUUUUGUAUUGGCUGAGGGUGUUGACGGUGUGGAUGUAGUGCCUGAACAUAAUCGAGUCCUAGCGUGGUAUGAUGACCAGUCACACAAAUCUACUUCGAGGAAACUACCAGCAAUCGUAUCGUGCAUGGUUGGACGUGGUCAAGCAGUCUUAUCAGGUCCGCAUUUCGAAUACAGCGUAUCUGCCAUAAAGUCACCAUAUUCAGACGCAUCUGAACAAUCUCGACGAGAAUUGGUUCGAUAUAUACUAGGGACAGAGCUAGGUCUACACCUUGACGAGUUGAAGCCGACGGCACAAGGACAUGAUGAUGCGUCUGCAGGCCCCCCACUGUCUGAGUUACAUGUUUGUUUCGGACCUGGAAACACCCGGAAGACUCAGACACUCGCAAACAGCGUCACCGAUGCUCUCAUUGGUGAAUCAUCCAUGAAAAUCCUCGAAGAUGAUGUAAAUGUAUUCAACAUAUAUAAAAAUUCGGCUUCUGCACCACAAAACAGUAAACGUGGAGAAGAAGCUAAAAUAUCACUGAACGUAUCUCUACAUGAUGCUGGAGACUAUCCUGUGCCUUCCGACACUCCACGAUUCAAUCUACCUAAGUACUACGACCUGUUGGCUAUAGCACAAGGUGAUGCAGAAAAGAAGGGUCUUGCAUUGGAAGCCGAGCUGAUGUUUGGAUCUACUGUCAUGUAUGCGGAAGUCGUCACUUCAACCCAGACAAUGCUCGACAAGAACUUUAAAUUCUCAAAGGGUUUGCCAAGUGGAUUGGCCGCCAUAGCGUCUCAUCAAAACGCUGGAAGAGGUCGAGGAGGAAAUGCUUGGAUUUCCUCUAAAGGGUGCUUGCAUCUCUCAUUGAAAGUGGAACAUCGUGAUGAGUCGUCAGUCAUAUUCAUAGGAUAUCUGAUGGCUCUGGCUGCAGUGGAUGCAAUCAAAUCCAAUCCUGGUUACGAAAAUCUUCCAAUUCAUUUGAAAUGGCCAAAUGAUAUAUAUGCACAGCUUAAACCUGGUCCCGAUGGAUUGAAAAAGAUUGGCGGUGUACUAGUCACCUCCUUCUACGACGAUGGGGUGUUUUCCUUGGUGAUCGGAUGUGGUGUCAAUGUCGCAAAUCCACCACCAAUAACAUCUCUCAAUGAACUCAUUCAAGCCUACAAUGCUACCAUGAGUCUGCGACUUCCUGAAAUGACUUUGGAAGGAGUCUUGGCUCAGCUCUUGACUACUUUUGAAUGCUACUAUCGUGAGAUGGAGGAAGCUGGAAAGGAUACGAAAAAAUGGAAGUUCGCCUUUGAGCCCUUUUUGCCUCGCUAUUACAAUGUUUGGCUUCACAGCAAUGUUCCAGUCGUCUUGGAGGACCACAAAAAUGCCCAAGCUACCAUCGUUGGCAUUGAUCCCUCCGGCUUCUUGAAAUGUGUUGGUGAAAACGAUGCGGAGUAUUUAUUACAACCUGAUGGCAAUUCAUUUGAUAUGAUGAAAGGAAUGAUUGCUCGCAAAAAGUAG